AUGGUGAUGGUGGUCGCGCUGGCGCUGCGCUGUGGUGGGCGCGCGGGAAGAAGCGUCGCUGCGGCUAAACAUGGAGUGCGACGUCAUGCCGCCCGCCCUGCGAGUUACUUCUCUUCCGCCGCGCUGCCCCUCGCUUCUGCCUCUUCCCUGUCCCCGCGGCCCCUCUUGACCUCGUCUCCGUCUUCUUCGUCUUCUUCCUUUUCUUCGUCUUUUUCAACUUCUUCCCCUUCUUCGCCUGCUCGUUCCCUAGCAUCGAUAUCCACUGUCAGGCCGGCUGCUGCUCGUAAGUCUGCCGGGUUAGCUAUUCCACUCCAGAAAAGAUUCUGCUCUGCUGAAUUCCGCACGAUGAACCCGAGCGACAGGGAGACGCUGCCAGACGUGGCUAAGCCAUCUCACUACCAUGUCUCGCUGUACGAUCUCACCAUCGGCGGCAACUGGGGAUACAAGGGAACUGUCAAGAUAGACACCACGAUCACACGCCCUACCAAGGAGAUUGUUGUCAAUGUCAAGGCAAUUGACGUCCAGUUGGCUGAGAUCUCUGCCAAAGAUGGAAGUGCUGCCAGCAAGGCCAUUGAGAUCUCAUAUGACCGCAAGUCUGAGCGUGCCAUCUUUAAAUUUGACAGCGAGUUACAGCCGGCAGAUAUGCUGCUGACCAUCUCCUUCACCGGAACUAUAAACAACUACAUGGCUGGUUUCUGCCGUGCUGGAUACCAGUCGGCAGCUACUCCAGGACCUGCCACGCCCAAGGUUGGAGAGCAGCACUACAUGCUUAGCACCCAAUUCGAAUCCUGUGAUGCUAGACAAGCAUUCCCUUGCUUCGAUGAGCCUAACCUGAAGGCCACUUUUGAUUUUGAGAUCGAAAUUUCUAAGGGCUUGACGGCUCUCAGCAACAUGCCUGUUAAGAGCAAGCGUGAGGGUAGCAAGCCCGACCUUGAGUUUGUCUCUUUUGAGCGGACUCCCAUUAUGAGCACCUAUCUCCUUGCCUGGGCUGUAGGUGACUUCGAGUACGUCGAGACAAUGACUAAGCGCAAGUACAACGGCAUCAGUAUCCCAGUCCGUGUUUAUACCACCAGAGGCCUCAAGGAGCAGGCUCAGUUUGCACUGGAGUGUGCUUCCCAGACCUUGGACUACUUCUCCGACGUCUUUGAGAUCGACUACCCUCUUCCCAAGUCUGACUUGCUGGCCGUCCAUGAAUUUGCAAUGGGUGCCAUGGAGAACUGGGGUCUUGUUACCUAUCGAACCACUGCCGUCCUUUUCGAGGAAGGAAAGUCUGAUGAGAAGUACAGAAACCGUGUUGCCUACGUUGUUGCCCACGAAUUGGCUCAUCAAUGGUUCGGUAACCUCGUUACCAUGGACUGGUGGAACGAGCUCUGGCUUAACGAAGGUUUCGCUACCUGGGUUGGGUGGCUCGCCGUAGAUCACUUCCACCCAGAAUGGAAUGUCUGGUCGCAGUUUGUCACUGAGAGUGUUCAACAAGCCAUGAAACUCGACUCCCUCCGCGCAUCCCAUGCCAUCGAAGUUCCGGUACGAAACGCCCUCGAAGUUGAUCAGAUCUUCGACCACAUCAGUUACUUGAAGGGAAGCUCAGUCAUUCGAAUGUUGAGCAGCCAUCUUGGCCAGGAGGUCUUCCUCAAGGGUGUUGCCAAGUACCUCAAGGCCCAUAAAUAUGGCAAUGCUACCACCAACGACCUCUGGUCUGCUCUUAGCGAAGUGUCUGGAAAGGAUGUGACUUCUUUCAUGGACCCAUGGAUCCGCAAGAUCGGUUUCCCAGUUGUCAAUGUCACCGAACAAACCAACCACAUCAAUGUUGACCAACGACGAUUCCUUGCAUCUGGCGAUGUCAAGCCAGAGGAGGAUGAAACCAUGUGGUGGAUCCCACUCGGCAUCAAAUCUGGCCCCAAGGCAGAGAAUGCCAACGUCCGCAAUUUGACCAAGAAGUCAGACUCGGUUGCUGAUAUCAAUUGUAGCGAGUUCUACAAGGUCAACAAGGACCAGUGCGGCUUCUAUCACACUAACUAUCCACAAGACCGACUCGUCAAAUUCGGUGACAGCAGGAACCUCCUCAGCUCUGAGGAUAGAAUUGGUUUGAUUGGUGAUGCUGCCUCUUUGGCCGUUUCUGGCGAGGGAAGCACCGUCUCCUUGCUCGCUCUUGUCGAGAAGUUCCAGGAUGAGGCUGACUGCCUUGUCUGGGCUCAAAUUAUGACCUCACUUGGCAACUUGAGAUCUAUCUUUGGAACCCACGAGGCUAUCUCUAAGGGCUUGAAGGCUUAUACCUGCAAACUCGUCACCCCUGCUGCCGAAAAGAUCGGCUGGGAAUUUAAGGACUGUGACGACUUCUUGACCAAGCAGCUCCGACAGAUCCUCAUUACUGCUGCUGGGCGUUCCGGCCACGAAGGCACCGUUGCCGAAGCCAAGCGUCGUUUCAAGGCCUGGGCCGAUGGUGAUAAGUCUGCCAUUCACACCAACCUCCGAUCUGCUGUCUUCUCCAUCAACAUGGGAGAAGGUGGUCGCCCUGAGUAUGAUCUGCUGGUCAAGGAGUACGAGACCAACACCACCAUCGAUGGAAAGGAGAUUUGUCUUGGUGCUCUCUCCCGUGCCACUGACCCUGAGCUCAUCAAGGAAUUCCUGGAGUUCCUCUUCUCGCCCAAGGUCUCUGGACAGGACGUCCACACCGGUGGGUCAGGCUUGGCCGCUAAUCCCAAGGGCCGCUACCUCAUGUGGGACUUUAUUAAAGCCAACUGGAACCGUAUUGAGGAAAAGUUGGGUGCCAAUAAGGUCUUGCUUCAACGCUUCCUGCGUCUCAGCUUGAUCAAGUACGCCGAUAAAGAAGUUGAAAAGGACAUCACCAAGUUCUUCUCCGACAAGGACCAGGAAGGCUACGACCGUGCACUUGUCAUCGCCGCGGACACCAUCAAGUCCAACGCCAGCUACCGUGAGAGAGAGGAGAAGGCUAUCCUUGAGUGGCUCAUCCAGCGUGGCUACCCUGAUACCGCGCCCGUCUCGACCUCGACACGCUCCAGACGACCAACAGCCAGCUAUCUGACAUACGAUUACUUGUUCAAACUCCUCCUCAUCGGUGACUCCGGUGUCGGAAAGUCUUGUUUGCUUCUCAGAUUUGCAGAUGAUACUUAUACGGAAAGCUACAUUUCUACUAUCGGUGUUGACUUCAAAAUCCGAACAAUCGAACUUGAUGGAAAGACCGUCAAACUCCAGAUCUGGGAUACAGCUGGCCAAGAACGAUUCCGAACCAUCACAUCCUCCUACUACCGAGGCGCUCAUGGAAUCUGCGUGGUUUACGACGUGACGGAUAUGGACUCUUUCAAUAACGUCAAACAGUGGCUGCAAGAAAUUGACCGUUACGCCACACAGGGUGUCAACAAGCUGCUUGUAGGUAACAAGAGCGAUAUGGAAGACAAGAAGGUCGUUGAAUACACUGUUGCAAAGGAAUUCGCUGAUAGUCUCGGCAUUCCAUUUUUGGAAACUUCUGCUAAGAAUGCCUCGAACGUCGAGCAAGCCUUCUUGACCAUGGCCAGACAGAUCAAGGAACGAAUGGGCACCGCAACCGUCAACAACAAGCCUACUGUCCAGGUUGGCCAGGGUCAAGGUGUCCAGUCGAAUUCCGGCAGCUCAUGCUGCUAA